AAGAGGUGUUAUGAUAUAGCAAAGUGUUGAACUUACUGUGCACAGCAAAACAACUUUUAUCCAAUCAAACCACCGCUCUUCUCUCUUCUUCUCUUCAUUUCCAAUAGAAGCCAUGGAUAGGCUUCUAUCCUCUUCCCCUCUUCACUCCAAUCUCAAGCCUUUCACCCGAUUUCACUCCCCAAGUUUCAAUCUUUUCCCCCUGACACGUUCUUCCUUCACCUCAAUUUCUUCCAAGCAUGAAAACCCGCCUCCAUUAUCGUCUUCCCUUUCCUUUUCCGCCUCUUCCACGCCACCCAAAACCCUACCUUCCCUUUCCUCCCCUCAACUUAUUCAUUCUAACACCUCAAUACCCAAAUCCCAACCCCUCAAUCAGAUCACUUCCGAGAAUCUCCAAAAGCCAAAGGCAUUAACAGCUCGGACAUUUGCGAUACUCUCUGCUCUUGUUUUGCUCUUAGUCCAGCCAGCUUUUACACCGGCAGCUUUUGCAACGUUUCAAAAUGCUGCCAAGACUGGUGGCCCUGCCGCUGCUGCAGUUGGUGGAAAACUAAUUCGCACUGAGCUUCUAAGCAGUGCUUGGACUGGUUUCUUUGCAGGUUGCUUGCACACACUAUCAGGACCCGACCACCUUGCAGCUUUGGCUCCAUUGUCAAUUGGCCGAACCCGAAUGGAGAGUGCUGCAGUUGGAGCCCUUUGGGGUUGUGGCCAUGAUGCUGGUCAAGUUAUCUUUGGCUUGAUAUUUUUGCUCCUAAAAGAUCGACUUCACAUUGAAGUUAUCCGAACCUGGGGCACCCGUGUGGUUGGCCUUACCCUGCUAGUAAUUGGUGCAAUGGGAAUUAAGGAAGCUUCAGAAGUGCCUACCCCGUGUGUUGCCUUAGAAAACGGUGAAUGUGAUGUCAGUGUCUAUGAAUCACCUGAUAGUAAACCUGUAGUAGGAAAGAAGAAGAUUGGUUUUGCUACUUUUGCCACUGGAAUAGUUCAUGGACUGCAACCGGACGCAUUGAUGAUGGUGUUGCCUGCCCUUGCUCUACCUUCACGCAUUGCUGGUGCCGCAUUUCUCAUCAUGUUCUUACUUGGAACUGUUGUUGCAAUGGGGAGCUACACAGUAUUUAUUGGUUCAUGUAGCGAGGCACUAAAGGAUAGAGUACCUAGAAUAACUGAGAAACUCACUUGGGCUUCUUCUCUUGUUGCAAUAGCCCUCGGAUUUGCCAUCAUUGUUAGCCAGUUUUUUGGGUUUAGCCUGUAUUAGUUAUCAGCCAGGAACCUUUUUUAUGAACAUCGUUUUGGUGUCCAGAAAUAGUAGGGACGUUAGAGAAAAAUUUGAUUGUUUGGAGCAAGCUCAUUAUUUAUGCAACAUGUGGUUUUCAUUGUCUAUUAUUUGACUAUGUUUGUGAAUGUGUAUAUAUCUGGCAGGUUCAAUUAUUCUGCAGCUGUUUCGUUUUAA